AUGCCAGAGAGCACAAACCGGCCCACUGUAUCGUCACCCAGAUUCAACCAGUGCGGACCCAUUGAUCCUCAUCCUGCCUACAUUUGUACGAUUUGCUGGCAGCGUCAGGCACGCGGAUCACAAUGCAAAUUACUUGGUUCAUCGGCACGAAUCGUCUGCAAACCCUGCUGGCGUACGGUCUUGGAUUUGAGCAUAUGCUGGGUGUGUGGGGAAUGUAUUGUGAGGGGUGACGAGGUGGUAAGCUUGGGUUGGUGUUUCUGGCACCGUGGGUGUUUUGGCUGCUUGAUUUGUGGCACAAGAUUGGACGUUCCAGCUACGGUUGCAAGCAGCAUAGGCAACGAGAGUGAAGAAAGAGGAACAAACAACACAGAAGAUUGGGGCCGACGGGAUGGCGAUGGGAGUUUCGCGGCAGAGAAACAAGGGAGGAGAUUCAUCGGGGUCGAAUUGGAGGAGAUCCCGUUAUGUAAUGUCUGCGAAAUUGAAGCUGCAGGAGAGAGCACCGAUCGUGUAUUACAGAAGGGUCUUGAGACUGUGACCAGGCUCGAUGGCGGAUUAAGCUGCAACAGAUUGGACAUGUUGUCUGAGGCCAAGAUCCCUAGGAUCAAAAGUAAUGCAGUUCGGACUGAGGAGAGCUCGAGAAGCUCUCUUUGCCGGUCACAUUGUCAUAACAUUGAUCCUGCCAAUGGAGAGGAUAUGUCAUCGUUAUUGGAAAACGCUGCUGAAAUGGGGAUAUCGGACAAUAGCUGUAUAGAUGGCUCUAGCUCACACGACGAUGGUGAGUUGUAUGACUUAGAAUCUACCCAGACCUUUCCAGACGAAGAAAAAGCUGGCCGUGUUGUCUACGUCUCAGUCUUGGACCCCGUCAGCGAGCCUGCAUUCAGACCGAGCAAGACCAAACCACUGCCCAAGUGGAUGGCCCUGCUUCCAAGCAACGUCCACAGAGAACACGAUAGAAGGUCAGAGUUUGUCGCAGAAUCCACACGACAAUCACUCGAAAUGGAACAAAUGAGCGGGUUGUACGGUUGCGGCAGUAAUGGUUUAGAUGAUAUCGAUGCCGAUAUGCCUGUUCCCGGAUCAUGGGCAGCAGCUGCAACAAGAAACGGCAAGCAGCAGGAAGCAAACUAUAAAACUUCCGAGGUUACUCUGAUUCAAGAACCACCGACUACUGCGUCUGACCCCAAACCGAAGGGAGACGCCGUAGUGUUUCCCUCCCAGAUUGUCGAUUUGGAUAUCUCAACAGCAGAAAUAAGCUCUUACUAUCCGACAUCUCAACCACAAAAACCAUAUCUACGAAGUCCAAGUUCGUCUCCAAGUCGUCCAUCUGUAGCUCGGGAUGAAGCAAGUCGAGCUUUCUCGGACAGACGGAGCGCCGUUGUCGUUGAUAAAUCCAUGAGUGAGUCUUGCUGUACCCUAAAAUCCCAACGAACGGCAUCUGGUUCCUAUCAGGCGAUCCAUCCCAUCGAGAGCGCCUCCAGCACUCCGGACAUGGGGUUCGAAUUCUCACCCCCAUCUCGGUCUUCUGAGUACCAGAAAAGAUACCACCCAAAUACAUCUGUCGACACAAGGUGUGGGAACUAUGUUACUGGCGAAGUGGAGCAUAUCUUACAGAAGAUCAAGAGACAAAAGACCGUGUUUAGGGACAACGAGGAAGACAAGGAGGAAAGUACCGACGAUAAGGGCAAAGGUAAAGGAAAGGAGCUUCCCAACUGGGAUUUCGGACUUGAUCCUAGGCGAGAGGACUUGAAUAAGGAGUUGAGAAAUCUGUUUUGUGAGGAAUAA